AUGUUCCAGAUCUUCAGAAAUUCCAACAGCUCUAGGAUCCAGGUGUCUGAGUUCAUUCUGAUGGGAUUUCCAGGUAUCCAUAGCUGGCAGCACUGGCUCUCCCUGCCCCUGGCUCUGCUCUAUGUCUUGGCUCUCAUUGCCAACACACUUAUUGUGACUGUCAUUUACCAAGAGGCAUCACUACACCAGCCUAUGUACCAUUUCCUGGGCAUCCUUGCUAUUGUGGACAUGGGUCUGGCGACUACUAUCAUGCCCAAGAUUUUAGCCAUCUUAUGGUUCAAUGCUAAGGCUAUCAGUUUCAAUGAGUGCUUUGCUCAGAUGUAUGCCAUACAUUUUUUUGUUGCCAUGGAGUCGGGCAUCUUUGUCUGCAUGGCUUUAGAUAGGUAUGUGGCAAUUUGCAGACCACUGAGAUACUCUUCAAUAGUUACUGAAUCUUUUGUGGUCAAAGCAACUGUGUUUAUGGCCUUCAGAAAUUGUGUGGCUCCCAUGUCAGUACCUGUAUUGGCUGCUCAGAGAAAUUACUGUUCCCGGAAUCAAAUCAACCACUGUUUUUGUACUAACCUGGGGGUCACUAGCCUUGCCUGUGAUGACAGGAAAAUCAACAGCAUCAACCAGCUAUUCCUGGCUUGGGCAGUCAUGGGAAGUGACCUUGGUUUAAUUAUGGUUUCCUAUGCUUUGAUUCUUCGGUCUGUGCUGAGGCUGAACUCUGCAGAAGCUGCAUCUAAAGCCUUAAGUACCUGUACUUCUCACCUCAUCCUAAUCUUUUUCUUCUACACUGUUAUUAUUGUCAUGUCCAUCACCCACAGUGCAAAAAUGUCAGUUCCUGUCAUCCCAGUUCUGCUGAACGUGCUGCACAAUGUUAUUCCCCCUGCUCUGAACCCCAUGGUGUAUGCUCUUAAGAACAAAGAGCUCAAACAAGGCUUAUUCAAGGUGCUUAGGCUGGAUGUCAAAGGAGGCUAAAAAAGGAGAAAAAAUCAUUUUUACUAUUUCAAAGUUAGGAUGUCUGAUUAUACUGAUUAGUC